UUCUUCGAUCUUCUUUUAUAUAUUUUUCUCUAAGUUCUUGAAACAAUGGCAGGUGGUGGAGAGGAUCAUGCAAUAGGGAUUGACUUGGGGACAACCUAUUCGUGCGUGGCAGUGUGGCAGCACGAUCGAGUUGAGAUAAUAGUGAACGAUCAAGGCAACAGAACUACUCCAUCUUAUGUUGCCUUCACUGAUACUGAGCAAUUGGUAGGAGAUGCAGCACUUAACCAGAUCAUCAAAAACCCUACCAACUCGGUCUUUGAUGCUAAGCGAUUGAUAGGUAGAAGAUUUAGCGAUGCAUGUGUUCAAAGUGAUAUGAAGCUUUGGCCAUUCAAGGUCAUUGAAGGUCCUAAUGACAAGCCCAUUAUUGUUGUGCAAGACAAGGGCCAAGAGAAAAACUUCGCUGCUGAAGAAAUAUCAUCCAUGGUACUCGCAAAGAUGCAUAAAGUUGCUGAAGCCCAUCUUGGAUCAAGUGUAAAAAAUGCUGUUAUUACUGUCCCUGCUUACUUUAAUGACGCACAACGUCAGGCUACCAAAAAUGCUGCUGAAAUGGCUGACCUAAAUGUGAUUCGUAUAAUAAAUGAACCAACUGCUGCAGCCAUUGCUUACGGCCUUGAUAAGAAAGCCGGUUCAGAGAGCAAAAGAACUGUGAUGAUAUUUGAUUUAGGUGGUGGUACUUUAGAUGUGUCACUACUAGUAAUAGGUCAUGGCGUCUUUGAUGUGAUGGCCACCGCUGGAGACACUCAUCUUGGAGGUGAAGAUUUUGAUAACAAAAUGGUGAACUACUGUGCCGAGCAAUUCAAGAGGAAGCACGACUUGGACGUUAGUGGGAACUUGAGAGCUCUUACGAGGUUGAAAAAUGCUUGUGAGAAGGCAAAGAGGAGACUGUCAUUCGCAUCUUCAGUUGACAUCGACAUUGAUUGUUUGGACCAGGGUGUAGAUUUCAGUGCAACUAUUACCCGUGCCAAAUUUGAACAACUGAACAUGGAAUUCUUUAAAAAGUGCAUGGAGCCUGUGAAGAAGUGUUUGAGCGAUGCUGGCAUGGACGCAAGCAGUGUGGAUGAUGUUGUUCUUGCUGGCGGCUCUUCUAGAAUUCCCAUGGUGCAACAGCUACUACAAGACUUGUUCCAUGGGAAGGAGUUGUGCAAGGGCAUCAAUCCGGAUGAGGCGGUUGCCUAUGGAGCCGCCGCUCAAGCUGCAGUCUUAAGUGCUUGUGGUCACAAUAAUGGGAAUAGGCUUCAACUUUUCACUCUCUGUGAUGUCACCCCUCUGUCACUUGGGUUGGAGAGUACCGAACCCGACAGUUACAGGAAACACAUGAAUUUUUUGAUCCCAAGAAAUUCCAGCAUCCCUGUGAUGAAGAAGAGCACUUUCACUACAAUUUAUGAUAACCAAGCUUCCAUAAGCUUUCCCAUCUACGAGGGUGAGAGUACUACACCUGCAGAGAAUAACUUUUUGGGUGAAUUUUCCCUUGAUGACAUUCCUGCAGCUCCUGCGGGAGCUCCUAAUUUUGAGGUUUGCUUCGAUAUUGAUGCAAAUGGUAUCUUGAAUGUCUCUGCCGAGGACAUGUCUACUGGAAGAAAGAAGGGGAUUACAAUCAAUAUGGAAAAAAGAAGCUUGGGAACUGAGAAGAUGAUGUGACAAUUUAUAUUCUUGUUCAAGGCUAUCACU